AUGCUACCUCGUCGACAUCCCUCAAUUGAAAUCAGAGAAUCUGCUAAGCGUUCAGCCAGCAAAGCAAGUGUAACAGCAUCUAUCGGCCGUGUAGAGCCGUCAUCCAACCCGACCUCCGAAUCCCCCUCGAUCGUUCGAUGGAACUCACGUAUUCCAAAGGAGGAUCGAAUGGACCGUGAUUCGCUACGCAUCAAGGUCAAGCUGCUGCUUCUCAAAGAGUUUGGUGACGACUUCGAACCCCGGCCGUUUCAAUCGCUGGUCUCCUCGAGCUCGACAGGACGCGCGGAUGCACGAAUACGUUCGACGCAGUCUUCGUCGCCGCACCAACAGGGUCCGGCAAAAGUACGCUUUUUGAAGCAAAGAAUCUCGUGUUCGGUAAGCGAGCAAUGACAAUCAUCAUCAGUCCCUUAAAUGCAUUGAGUGAGCAUCAGGUAAGCAAGACUUCUGCCGGCCAAUGUGUCGGGCGUCUACUGACGGUCACGCUGUGAGCAUUCAACAGGCCGCAAAGCUAUGCAUGAGGGGCAAGAUGGCCGUUGUUGUGUCCAAGAAAACGUGGGAAGACGGAAAAUUAUACGAGCAAUUGAAAGAUCCCCUUUGCGAAGUCGAAUACAUCUUCAUUGUAAGCUUCAAGACCUUGUGACCUUGUGACCUUGCAUUUUCUGCUUCAAGUUGGCUGAACAUGGUCUAUUGUACGGCAUUGUUGACUUCGCAAGUCUCCAGAAAUGCAUGCGCGCAACGUUCGUUGGAGUGAAUUGAUUUUCACUUCCUCAUUCUGAGUGCGGAUCAAAUUGCUAAUUUACGACGAGGCGAUCAAGAUCGCCGAGUGGGGACUCACGGGACGAAAAGACCGAGUCGGCGCUAUGGCGCAUACUGUCAUAGUCAGGGGCCUAUGACAGCUAAAGGGCUCAGUUCGUAAUCAAGUUACAUCUUGAUUAAUGUUCCCUUUUGGUGGCCUAUGUGGCUAGAGCCCCAGACUUAAUUAAAUAACUGAGAUAAAGUCUGACUCUGAUACAUGCCACCGAGGGAUCCAAUCCAUUUCGCGCCGAGUAUGCUCAAAUUGUUCAACAACGUCUCCGAAUUGGUUGUCAAACUUUGUUCCUUACUGCGGGUGCGCCAUCCGACAAAAUUGACAAAGUUCUAG